CUUGAGUCCCGCCCCGACAGUCUGAGCCAUCUUGUAUUUAGCAAAGAACAAAAACCGGAGUGAGAAAGCAGCCGGAGCUCGGGACGGGACGGGGCGCUGAGAACAGGGCUGGUUUUAACAGUAUAUCGUUCAUUAAGGUCCGGUGUAACGGAACAGCAUGCUGAGGAGCAGCGGAGUGAAGAGGAACAUCAACAGCAGCCACACCCAGAACAACACAGACUAACGGGAGAGAACAGGAGCUAGCAGAGCUAAGCUAAGCUAAGCUAGUUAGCUCCGGCUAGCAGCGGAGGAGAGGACCGGACACCGAGCAGCUCAACCUAAAGAGAGGAGACCGCUCAUUCGUUUCACCGCCGGAACUCUGGUGUAAAUGGACCCGACUUGGUGUUGAUCCAGCCGGAGAGAGGAGAACCGGGCUUUAACCCUCUAACCCUGACCCGGGCUAUGAGGACAGAGGCUCGGUAGCUCUGCUGCUAACAGAUUGUCUGCUGGUUCCGGAGAGGAACCACAAUCAGCCGCGGCCCUGGCCAUGCCCUCGAGUGCACGGGCGGGCAAUCUGAAAGACCCCGAGGUGGCAGACCUCUUCUGCAAAGAUGACCCGGAUAAGCUGUUCGCGGACCUCCGUGAGAUCGGUCACGGCAGCUUCGGAGCCGUUUACUUUGCCCGAGAUGUGCGCAACAAUGAGGUGGUGGCCAUUAAGAAAAUGUCGUACAGCGGCAAGCAGACAAACGAGAAAUGGCAGGACAUCAUUAAAGAGGUAAAGUUCCUGCAGAAACUUCGCCACCCGAACACCAUCGAGUACCGAGGAUGUUACCUGAAGGAGCACACGGCGUGGCUGGUGAUGGAGUAUUGCCUCGGCUCGGCCUCAGACCUACUCGAAGUUCACAAAAAGCCGCUCCAGGAAAUAGAAAUAGCUGCUAUUACCCAUGGUGCACUGCAGGGAUUAGCAUAUCUUCACUCUCACAACAUGAUUCACAGGGACGUGAAAGCAGGAAACAUCCUGCUGACGGAGCCCGGCCAGGUCAAACUGGGGGACUUUGGUUCUGCUUCCAUCGUGGCUCCGGCCAACUCCUUCGUAGGGACGCCCUACUGGAUGGCUCCAGAGGUGAUCUUGGCGAUGGAUGAGGGCCAGUAUGACGGCAAAGUGGACGUCUGGUCGCUGGGCAUCACCUCCAUAGAGCUGGCGGAGAGGAAGCCCCCACUGUUCAAUAUGAAUGCUAUGAGUGCCUUAUAUCACAUCGCUCAGAAUGAAAGCCCCAUACUUCAGUCCAAUCACUGGUCUGAUUCCUUCCGCAACUUUGUUGACUCCUGCCUACAGAAGAUUCCCCAGGACCGGCCUACCUCGGACGUGCUGCUGAAUCACCGCUUCUUGUGCCGCGAGCGUCCGUUGACGGUGAUCAUGGACCUGAUCGCACGAACCAAGGAUGCAGUAAGAGAGCUGGACAACCUGCAGUACCGCAAGAUGAAGAAGAUCCUGUUCCAGGAGACCCAGCAGAACGGCCCCGUGUCCGAGGGAGGGGAGGAUGAGGAGGAGGUGGAGCAGUACCUGUUGCGGACCGGCACAGUCAACAGCAUGGAGAGCUCCCAGUCGGUGCCCAGUAUGUCCAUCUCGGCCAGUUCUCACAGCAGCUCGGUCAACAGUCUGGCCGACGCCUCCGACGACAGCAGCAACGAGAUGGCCAUGAUGCAGGAGGGCGAGCACACCGUCACCUCCAACAGCUCCAUCAUCCACCGACCCACGGGUCAGGAUAACAUCUACGAUGACCCCUACCAGCCAGAGAUGGACCAACCACAGGCUCCCUCAGCUGGACGCCGUCGAGCCUACUACCGCAACCGUGACCACUUCGCCACCAUCCGAACCGCCUCCUUGGUGACCCGUCAGAUCCAGGAACACGAGCAGGGCUCGGCGCUGCGAGAGCAGAUGUCCGGCUACAAGCGUAUGAGGCGGCAGCACCAGAAGCAGCUGAUGGGGCUGGAGAACAAGCUGAAGGCGGAGAUGGACGAGCACCAGCUGAAGCUGGACAAAGAGCUGGAGAACCAGAGGAACAGCUUCUCCACCGAGGCCGACAAGCUGUGCAAGAAGCACCAGGCCAUCCUGGAGAAAGAGACGAAAGCAGCUCUGACAGAAGAGAAGAAGUUCCAGCAGCACAUUCUGGGCCAGCAGAAGAAAGAACUGACCAGUUUACUGGAGUCCCAGAAACGCCAGUACCGCCAACGCAAGGAUCAGCUGAAAGAGGAGCUGAACGAGAACCAGUCGACUCCGAAGCGGGAGAAGCAGGAGUGGCUGAUCCGUCAGAAGGAGUGUCUGCAGCAGAUGCAGGCGGAGGAGGAGGCCAGCCUGCUGCGGAGGCAGAGGCAGUACUACGAGCUGCAGUGUCGCCAGUACAAGAGGAAGAUGCUGCUUGCUCGCCACAACCUGGAGCAGGACCUUCUCAGAGAGGACCUGAACAAGAAGCAGACCCAGAAGGAUCUGGAGUGCGCCAUGCUGCUGCGGCACCACGAGUCCACCCAGGAGCUGGAGUUCAGGCAGCUGGGCUCGGUGCAGCGGACCCGGGCCGACCUGAUCCGAACGCAACACCAGACCGAACUGACCAACCAGAUGGAGUACAACAAGCGCCGCGAGCAGGAGCUGCGACAGAAACACGCCAUGGAGGUCCGGCAGCAACCCAAGAGCCUCAAGUCCAAAGAGAUGCAGAUCAAGCGUCAGUUCCAGGAGACCUGUAAAAUCCAGACUCGUCAGUACAAAGCCCUGAGGAACCACCUGCUGGAGAGCACUCCCAAAUCCGACCACAAGGCCGUCCUCAAACGCCUCAAAGAGGAGCAAACACGUAAGCUGGCCAUCCUGGCCGAGCAGUACGACCACUCCAUCAACGACAUGCUGUCCACACAGGCUGUGAGUAAGCUGCGUCUGGACGAGACCCAGGAGGCGGAGUACCAGGUGCUGAGGAUGCAGCUGCAGCAGGAGCUGGAGCUGCUCAACGCCUACCAGAGCAAGAUCAAGAUCCACACCGACACCCAGCACGAGAGGGAGGUCAAGGACCUGGAGCAGAGGGUGUCCAUCCGCCGGGCGCUGCUGGAGCAACGGAUCGAGGAGGAGAUGCUCUCUCUGCAGAACGAACGUUCGGAGCGAAUCCGGACUCUGCUGGAGCGCCAGGCUCACGAGAUCGAGGCCUUCGACUCGGAGAGCAUGCGUCUGGGCUUCAGCAACAUGGCGCUGAGCGGCAUCCCGGCCGAGGCCUUCAACCAGGGCUACCCGACCCCCAGCCCCUCCUCGGGCUCCAGCGGCUGGCCCUCCCGGCCCGUCCCCCGCUCGGGCAGCCACUGGAGCCACAGCGUGCAGAACUCGGUGGCGACUCCGUCCUGGCGCAGCCAGAACCACGGCGGAGGAGGCUUCAGCCGCGCCGAGUCCAUCACCUCCUCCCACGGCCUCGGCAGGGACAGCGAGCUGCACAAGAGCAGCAGGGGCCACCCCUCUUCUUCCUCCUCCUCCUCCCACUCCUCCCACUCCUCCCACUCCUCCCACCACCAUCACCAGCAGCACCAGCAGCACUACCUCCCUCAACACUACCAGCACCACCAGAGCACGCCGCAGCUCUACCGCGAGAGCCACGACAGCAGGGAGCGCGACCGGGCCAGGGAGUGGGUGGGAGGAGGCGGCCACUACCCCCAUCACUCCCAGGUCCACCACCACCACCACCUCGCCACCCAUGCCUCCUCCCAGUCCUUGGCUCUCCUGCCUCCCCCGCCGCCACCUCCCCCCAUCUCCCUGUCCUCCUCCUCCCCGCCCUCCUCCGCCUCUUCUUCUUCGUCGUCGCAGGGAGGCUACGGCGGCGGGGGGGGCCUGAGCAUCAGGGGCCCCAGCCUGAUGGCGCUCAGGAACAGCCCCCAGCCUCUGAGGAGGACGGCCUCCGGAGGGCCGGGCGGCGGCGGGGGGAGCGACGGAGGGCUCAGCCGCAGCACAUCGGUCACUUCUCAUAUUUCUAACGGCUCGCACCUCUCCUACUCAUGAAACCGCCCGACUUCUCCUCCUCUCUGAUCUGAUCUGAGAUCUGUCGUUCUGCUUCCUUAAAGGAAAACAACAGAAGAAGAACGAAGCCAAUUAAAAAGAAAGAGAGAGAGUUUUUAGCGUAUUUUAAGCCGGAGCAAAUCUAUCGUUAAAAAUCCCCCCAAUUUGAAGUGUAAAUUUGUCUCCUUUCUUGACGUGUUCGGGGACUUUAAAUGUUCCUGAUGCACCGGAGAAGAAAGAGAGGAAACCUUUUAGUUCUGACGUCACUACAGAGAAACACGACGAGUAUUAAAGAUCACUGUUAACCUCUUCCACGCGUUAAAGAGUUGCACAGUAACAGUGACAAAACAAAAAUGAGCCAUGUGCUGCAAAAUGAAGUCGAACUGUGACAAGAAUUAGUGAAUUAGUUCAUUUUGUGACGCGUUGAAUCUGUCGCGCAGUGUUGACGGUUUAAAUUCUGGUUUUCAUCGACAGGUGUGGAGCUUCCACUCGGCUAGCGGUGCUUUCAAAAACCGCUGUAAACAUGUAAAUAACGGUCAAUUGUAAACCCCGUUUUUUUUUUUUGUAAGUGUUUCAUACGUUCAGCGGGGAGGGGGGGGGGGUCAUCCAGGGGGAGAUUUCUUGAAAACACAUUUCUUUUUAUUUGUAGUGAUAAACUAAGAUUCUGUAUUAGACAAUUAAAGAAAACACUGCCAUCUCUUUGUUGGGCUGACCUGAGACAACUCUACCACUGCCCUUUGAUUCAGUCCUCUUAAAGGAACAGGCGCACACGUUGGAGACGUUUGAGCUUGUUUGCUGUCUUAAUUAGAGUCAGAGAUAAUUAGUUAUUAAUCAACGUUAUCCUCCCAACAACUUCAAAACUGUCCCGUUUACAUGCAGGAAUAAAGACGUUAAAGCUCAACUAACGACUUUUCUGCAAAAUCAGUUGAGAAACUGUUAAUAAGAUAAAAGUGUAUUUAUUUAAGCAGCACAUGUCGGACACAAAGUGCUUUACAUAACAUGCAAAACAAAUAAGAAAGUUUAUAAAAGAAAAGAAAGAAGGAAGGGAUGUGUAAGGAACUUAAUUAACAUUACUGCCAUAAAGUAAUCCUGCUUGUUGGUUCUUAACUUUUACUUCAACGUCACUCAACAUGCUCCACAUUUGAACUUUUAUUUUGUAUUCUUUGGGCAAUUUUUUCACCUUUUUUAUUAGAAAGAAAACCAGAGAGAAAUGACAGAAAAUGAGCCCCACUAGAAUCCCUUAUUUAACACAUUUAAUCAUAUACAAGAUUUUACUUUCUUUGUUUUCUCCACACAAUCUGAAAAAGAUGAAUUGAGCCUUUAAAUAAACACAUGACAGUUUUUCCUCACAAAAACAUUUUGCGAAAGUUUGGAGCUUUAUUUAACCUCCUUCAUGACGAGCUAGUAUGACAUGGUUAUUACUGAUGGAUUCAUCAGGUUUUAUA